AUGAAUUCCUUAAACAAGAUUUUAGUUUUGAGUUCUGCAGCACCAAAAAAUGCAAGAUUGAUCUCCACUACAAAAACAAGACUAAAUGCUGACGAUGGAUGGCUUUCAAAAUUGUUGGUUCGCAAAAUAGAACCGACGAAGGAAUCUCACAGCCGAAUGCUUAGCGACAAGGAGAUUGUGUAUGCACUGCAUACUCACAACAUUCGGCCGGAUUCCGUGGAUAAAUACUUACAAAAUUAUAAACAAUCAGUGGAAUUUGUUGAAUCCCGGAAAUCUGAGCUGGGAUGUGAACUGGUUGGAUCAUGGACCGUGUCAGUGGGGGAUAUGGACCAGGCAUUGCAUUUGUGGCGUUAUGUUGGAGGAUUUGAAAAAAUUGACAAGGCCAAGAUAUUGUUCAGGGAGAAUAAUGACUACCGUUCCUUGGAGAAAGAGAGAGGAAACUUUGUGAGAUCACGUCACUUGCAAUAUCUUCUAGCGUUCAGCUUCUGGCCAAAUGGUGAUCCUCGUCCUGGAAAAAAUAUUUACGAGAUCCGUUCUUAUAGUCUAAAGCCGGGCACCAUGAUCGAAUGGGGCAACAACUGGGCUCGCGGCCUCACUUACCGCCGCGGUAGAAAUGAGGCAUUCGCUGGAUAUUUUUCCCAGAUAGGAAGACUCUAUAAUGUUCAUCACAUCUGGUGCUACAAGGAUCUACAGGCACGUCGUGAGACUCGUGAGAGUACUUGGCGUAACCCCGGCUGGGAUGAGUGCGUCGCGUACACCGUACCUCUCAUCAGGGAGAUGCACUGCCGUAUCCUCGAGCCGACCGAGUUCUCUCCCACUCAAUAA